AUGACGGACGAUCUGCUUACAGAUUUUCAUAUGGAGGACGUGGAAAAUCCUGCGCCAUUACCUGAAGCACCCGAGCUUUCGCAAUCUUCAUCAUUUACAGCCGCCAAUACCUCAGCAUAUCCAACGACAGACGGCAGUUGCCAUAGCUUGAACGGCUCAGGACCUUCGACCCCAACCCAUGAGGAUGUCCCAAACACAGUUACAGACCUUGAGGGCGCAAAAAUUGAGAUCUGCCAACCCUACGAUGUUGAAGAACCAGAUGAUGAGCCGGGGCCUAUUGCUGCUCAAAGACCAGAGUUACCUUGUCUACCGGAUUCAUUCGAACGGUGGCAGCGUGACUUGACAGAAUAUAUGGAUGGCAUGGGCCAAUCCUCCAGCAAGCAAUUCUAUGUGAAGACGGCCUCAGGCCAGCGAAGAGGUCAAAAGCGCAAAUCACCCAAUAUCAGCGGAUCCGGACAUGUUCAGAGCUCGCCGUCUCCUCGGCCCAAAUCAAAGACUAUGUCAGAUGAGCAACGAGCGCCCGUACCGGGUCUCGGUCCGAAACGACGACGAAGAAGGAGUAAGCUGCCGGAGGAUGCUGCCAAAGCUACUCGCACCGCCUCUUUGUACGAUUUCCGGGAGGCCGGCUCCACCGGGAGCUCGAGCUCAGAUCUUCAUUCAACCGAUGCUAGCAGCACCGAAACACCCAAUGAACCUAUACUGACCGACGAGAUGGACAUUGAUUGA